GCUUUCCGUGACGCGCUGUGUUAAGAUUUUAGCCAGAUUUAGCAUCUUCUCAACUGAAGCAAAAGGUUAAAAUGUCGAACAAGAAGAGACGUGAAGAGAAAUAUUAUUUGUUAUUCAUUUCAGAAGAUUCAUGACAGACGGGUAUUUAUGUGGCAGCUGGACAAGCGGUUAUCUGGUGACAGGUCGUUCGUUGUACGUUAACUUUAUAAAUAUGCAAAUUAAACCAAAAACAAUAAUUUACAUGCGUUCAAACGCCCUGAUUACCACUGAUUAAUUACUUACGUGUAAACGCUGUGAAACCUGGAACAAGAAAAUCUGAGUUACGUUCAUUUUGGGUGGGUAUGAGAAAAAAGCACAGACACACGUCAGCUACACUAGGUGAAAGGAUGAGGUACUCUUUUCACUAUCACUACUAUUUUGGUACUGGAGCACCAGACUGACUGACCGCAACAUCUGUCAUGCGCAGAGCCGCAGGGCCGUCCAUGCAUCACAGGUUGUGGAGACGCAUAAAAGCACAGCAGUCUGUUUCCUGCGGGCAGGCGGCAGAUCAGGUGUGCAGGCAGCGGCCCUCCCGCUGUACCCACCUGCCCCCCUGCAUAUGCAGGGAAAAUGAGAAUAGAUUGGCCCAUUCGCGGAUGGUGCCAGGUGGCAUUUAGACCCCCGAGAAGACACGAGUGCAGUCUAUCUACCUCACAGUGACAGACGUCAGGCCUGGAGAGAGAGUUAAAGGGAAAAGGAAGCAAGUCGGAAAGGAAAAAACAGAGGAUGGGAAAAGAAAACCCUAGUUCACAGGAGGGCUGGACCCUAUCUCAGCAUCUUGGGCCACAGGCAGGAAAUACCCUGGAUAGAUGGUCAGUUAAGUGCUACCAGUCCUACCAAAUUUCAUUUAAAUACUAGAAAUAUACAAGGUAAGAGAAAAAAUUGAAUAAAAGCAAAUAUCAUCUGGAUGGUAUACUGACUGAAUAUGCAUAUGCAUCACAGAGCAUUUGAAAGGAGAGCCAAAUGGAUGUUCAUGCAAACUAAUCCAUGAACACCACCACAUCAUCACAAAAACACAAUAUUAUUGUGCGAAUGGCAGGAUAUAACAAGGUUGAUACAGAAUUAAGAAGACUGAGCAUUGGGUGUGGAAAGGGCAGGAGGAGAAGAAAGCGAGAUACACUAAGAAAGGAGGGACAGAGAAGAUUACGGAUUAAGAUGAGAGUGGAAGACAGGAUAAGAAUGGCAGGGAUGAUGAAGAGUGAGAGAUAGAUAAAGAAGGAUGGAAAGGAGAAAAAAGAGACUGUUACAUAUGUUAGUAGUGGUAUUAAGAGUGGCAGGGUUGUUCCCAACAGAGCAGUGGAAUAGCAGCAUUGCAGUUAAUAGGGUAGAAAAAGCUGGGGGGGGGGCUGUUAAAUCCGAAAUGUUCAUUUUUAAACUCAAGCUUUUUCUUUUCUCCCUCCACCCUCUCCAUUCUCUCUCUCCCUCGCUCUCUCUCGAUCUUUCUCUCUGACAAUCGUGUUCCCUCCCCAGGCUGUGUAGUAAUGAUAGCUAUUUGACUGCCAUCAGAAGAGCUGGGUAAUGGUCUCUAAAGAACCAUUUCAGAGUCAACCUGGCAGCGCUGGCCUCCCAAAAACAUCUGCUUGCCUAUCAAGAGGCUUACCCGUCUCGCAUGCGGUCAGUCCCUAACAGAUGGAAGGUUUUGCGUCCAAGACGCACCCAAGGAGAGAAGGAGGGGUUUGGGGGCUCCUAUGGAUUAGAUUGGUCUAAUAAAAGAGUUGGUUAAUUGAAAGGCAGAUUAGGGGCCCAUAUAGGAGACAGACAUCCCUAGGAUUUGAAAUAAAUUGUCGAUAUGCAUUUAUUCAAACAAUAUAGCCAUUGAAAUGCUAAGCACGCAACAUCAGUCACUGUAAAUUGUAAAUAAAAAGUCGGGCAUGCAUCUGUUUGUAUACAUAACCUUCAAAUACACUCACACACUUAUGCACACAUUGCCGUAAUAAAGAUGACCCACAGAGCUUGCAAUCAGAGAAGUCAUGUAACUGUAUACUGAGUGUGCACUAGAAAGCUGAUCCCCUCUCAGGCCACUACGACUGGUGCUGGGGGAGGGCUCUGGUUACCCAGCUUUGUGUCAAAACGGCAUCAGCUAAGAGUUAGAGACUGGGUGGAGGACAAAAGCUGGAAGACUAUAGAGCGGGUGGAUUACUGGGCCUCUAGAAAGAGACUACAGUAUAAGACUAUAGAGAGACGAGAGAAGACAUAACAAGAAAGAUAAGAAGAUAGAGGUGUUUGCAUAUCCCAACCUGGAGUCUUAUUGGGCAUUUUUUUGGCACUGACAUGCCACUGCUCCUUGAGAUCUCAAAGGAAAGCCAUUUAAAUGAUGUGUCUAUUUGAAAGACACAAAUAAAGCCAGACAUCCGUUCUAAAGGACACAAGAUGUGACUGAAGUGAAAUGACUUAGCAGUGGACAAGGAGGAGACGAAUUAAUCAAACGUCAAACAGGAGGGACGAGACGAGGCAUCGUGAAGCAGCUUGGUCUGGAAGCAACAUCUCUUUAAGAGAUCAGAAGUCCCAUAAUCCCAACGGCGGCCACUGGAGAGGACGAGAGACAGAGAAACGAAGGUAAAUUGAGAAGCAAAGGGAAUGAGAAAAAGGAAGGGGGUGAAAGAGGCACAGAGGAAGUGGAACCAUUGGGAUCAGGGUGACGUCAACGGCCCUCUGGAUUGAGGCGUUGAGUCCUCCUGAUUAUAAUCUGAGCUGAUUAGGAAACAGAGGAAAAAAUCUCCAGAGCAUUUGCAAGCUCCCCGGGGAGCAGGACGUCGCUUACAGAGAGGACAACAAAACCAAAGGACCUGAGUUACUUAAGAGUCUAAAGAAAACUUUAGGCCUAUAUCUAAAAAGUUACGGAUAGCAGACAAGGAGUCUAUACUGUAGUGAAGAGAACUUUAUCUUCUUACUGGCUGUCCCUAACACGAAGCAAAUAAAUCAGGACACAUUAGAGGUCUAACGUUGUAAGUCUGCAGGCUUUUGAUAUAUUCGGUUUCUUCUUGGGACUUCGGUCUGGGUUUUUAAGCCAGGAUGCCCCCCAAUGGCAGUAAAGCCCUCAAGCUACAAUUCGGGCUUAUAAACCACGAGAAUCGCUAUUUAACGGCCGAAGCCUUCGGCUUUAAAGUAAAUGCUUCAGCUUCAAGUCUCAAGAAGAAGCAGAUAUGGACCCUGGAGCAGGAUGAGCGGGACGGCCAGGUGGUUUUCCUGCGUAGUCACCUAGGUCGCUACCUGGCCUCCGACAAAGAUGGAAAAGUAAGCUGCGAGGCUGAGACGAAAGAGAACGACUGCCGCUUUCUAAUCGUAGCUCAGUCGGAUGGACGUUGGGCCUUGCAGUCCGAGCCAUAUCUGCGCUUCUUUGGAGGUUCAGAUGACUACCUAUCCUGCUUUGCUCAGACCAUCGGCGAAGCAGAACUAUGGGCCGUCCACCUGGCCCUUCACCCCCAGGCCAAUCUGCUCAGUGUGGCCCGCAAACGCUAUGCCCAUCUAGCGGCCCCUGAGGGAGAGAUCGCUGUGGACAGCAACAUCCCAUGGGGUGUGGAUGCUCUUCUUACUCUUGUGUACAUGAAUGGCAAAUACUGUCUUAAGACCAGUGACAGCCGUUUCUUGAGCAAUGAUGGGAAACUGUCCAACGAAAGCGGCCGUGGGACAGGUUACACCUUGGAACUCAAGUCAGGCAAGUUGGCCUUCAAGGACUAUGAGGGGAAAUACUUGACACCCAUGGGUCCCACUGGAACCCUGCGUUCCGGACGCUGCUCCAAACCUGGCAAAGAUGAACUGUUUGAUCUUGAGGAGAGCCAUCCACAAGUAGUGUUUCAGUCUGCCAACAACAGAUUCGUCUCUAUUCGACAGGGAGUGAGCGUCUUGGCCAAUCAGGACGAUGAGACCGACAUGGAGACGUUUCAAAUGGAAAUCGACAAGGAUUCGAAAAAGUGCACGUUCAGAACGAACGAAGGAAAUUACUGGACGCUGGUCGCUCAUGGAGGCAUUCAGUCAACAGCCACAGAAGUUGGUGCCAACACAAUGUUUGACAUAGUGUGGCUCGGUCGACGGGUGGCACUGCGAGCCAGCAAUGGAAAAUAUAUUUGCACCAAGAAAAACGGCCAGCUUGCUGCAGUCAGCGACUCUGUGGGUGAAGAUGAGCAACUGGUUCUUAAACUGAUCAAUAGGCCCAUUCUGAUUCUUAGAGGAGAGAACGGCUAUGUGUGCAACCACAAGAACUCAAAUAUACUGGACGCCAAUCGUUCGGUUUAUGACAUAUUUACACUGGACUUCAAUGACGGUGCAUAUCACAUUAAAGGUGUUGGUGGAAAGUUCUGGUAUGUGUCCAACAGUGGUUUGGUGUGCUCUGAUGGAGACACACCAGAAGAUUUCUGCUUUGAAUUCCUAGAGCACGGACGAAUAGCUAUAAGGGCUAAAAAUGGCAAAUACCUCCGCGGAGACCAAGGUGGCAACUUGAAAGGGGAUGGGGAGAUGGCAGACAGCUCUUCUCUCUGGGAAUACUGACACCAUGUGGACAUUUAAGGAACUGUUACUGUGUCACAUUUUGGAUGUACAGUUGUGGGGCAACCCUUUGGUAUAAUGAAGUUUUACAGUUUGGACACCUCUGUCUUUUUCAUCAGUCAGCGUUUUGAUGUAGUUUCAGUAUGUACAUGUUACAUGCUUAUAUGUUUGUGGAGAAUGUGAAUUGAACCAUUAAUGUAUUACACAUGGAAAUUUAAAUGUAUUGUUUUUCUUUGUUUAUGUUAUUUAUAACCCGUUGUCUUUUUGUCUUUUAUUAUUUGUUACCUUUUGUCAAUGUAUGUCAGUUCCAAGGAACGCUUAUUUUGUACUCUGGGGUGACAGACUGCUGUGUUUGUUAUAAUGACAUAGUAUAUAUAAGUGUUCUUUAGGCGUUCUAGAAAUAAACUUACACAGAAAUAAAACAACAGGGCAAAAGCAGGCUACACAGUAAUUACUUCAGUCUGUCCUAAUGAGAGGAAUCAGUAUUAAUCCAUUUUAUUUUAUUUUAUUUCUUCUUUUAUCCAUCUGGAAAGAUUUAACAAUGAUUACAAAUAAAAUCUCGUCUCUGAA